ACGUUAUUUGCGUAUUACAGGUUAUUCGAUUGUCAGUUGUGGUUGACAGGAAUUCGUACAAAAUGGCUCGGUUGAAUCGCAUACUAAAAGGAGUUUAGGAAUCAGUGCGAAGUAUAUAUAUCUGUUUUUAUAAUUGCGGCAGAAUUAUAUUACUUUAUUUAUACUUUGAUAAGUUUAGUGUUUAUAAGAACAAUGAAUGUGGUAGCGGCUGUUAAAAUGUACGUAACUCGAAUGGCAGAAGAUAGUGGCCCCGGUAUGAAAGUUCUUCUAAUGGACAAACAAACGACAAGUAUUGUGAGCAUGGUGUAUGGACAGUCAGAAAUCUUACAGAAGGAGGUAUACUUAUUUGAGAGGAUUGACUCUGGAGGCCAGCAUGAAAGUAUGAAGCAUCUCAAGUGUAUCACAUUCCUAAGGCCAACUAAAGAAAAUGUAGCUCUUCUGUCCCGCGAAUUGCGAUAUCCCAGAUAUGGAGUGUAUUAUAUAUAUUUCAGUAACAUUAUAGCAAAGGCAGACAUAAAAACUUUAGCCGAAUCUGAUGAGCAAGAAGUGGUGCGGGAGGUCCAGGAAUUUUAUGGUGACUAUCUGGCCGUGAGCCCACACCUUUUCUCACUGAAUAUCACAGCAUGUGCCCAAGGUUUGGCAUGGAAUCAUGCACAUCAGCAAAGAAGUGUUCAAGGAAUAACUGCAGUUCUCUUGUCAUUGAAGAAGUGCCCAUUUAUUCGGUACCAAAAUAAUUCAGAGAUGGCAAAGAGGUUAGCAGAAAAAAUAAGAGAGGUAUUAUCUAAAGAGGCUUCACUAUUUGAAUUUCGGCAAACAGAAGUUUCACCUUUGUUGUUAAUUUUGGACCGAAGAGAUGAUCCUGUAACACCGCUUCUGAAUCAGUGGACAUACCAGGCAAUGGUUCAUGAACUCCUCACCAUCACCAAUAAUCGUGUCAGUCUGUCUGAAGUCCCAGGUAUUUCAAAGGAUCUGAAGGAAGUUGUUCUGUCUGCUGAACAAGAUGAAUUUUAUGCAAACAAUUUAUAUUCAAAUUUUGGCGAAAUUGGGCAAACCAUAAAAGAAUUAAUGGAGGAGUUUCAAAAGAAAGCCAAGAGUCACCAAAAAGUAGAAAGCAUAGCAGAUAUGAAGACAUUUGUAGAAACAUAUCCACAAUUCAAGAAAAUGUCUGGAACAGUAUCCAAGCAUGUUACAGUUGUGGGUGAACUGUCUUCUCUUGUGACUCGUCAUCAUCUCCUAGAAGUAUCAGAAUUAGAACAGGAAAUUGCUUGUCAGAAUGAACAUUCCCAACAACUACAGAGGAUCCGGAAGCUUAUAGGAAACAGCAAAGUAAGAGACAAUGAUGCAGGAAGACUUGUCAUGUUGUAUGCGCUGCAUUAUGAAAAACACACAAACAAUGAUAUUGUCGGUUUGGUUGAUGCACUGAAGCAAAGAGGUGUGCCAGAACGUUUUACAAAAUUGAUAUACAGCGUAAUGGAAUAUGGUGGUACACAUGCCAGACAAAGUGAUUUAUUUGGAACUCAGGAUGCUGUUGUGAAGAUUACAAAAACAUUCUUCAAGGGCCUGUCAGGUGUGGAGAAUGUGUAUACACAACAUAACCCUCUCAUCAAAGAGACCUUAGAAGAACUAAUCAAAGGAAAGCUGAAGGAAAGUUCUUUCCCUUAUCUUGGAAAUGGUCAGCUAGCGAGGAGGCCACAAGAUGUCAUUGUGUUUAUGGUUGGUGGAACCACGUAUGAAGAAGCGCUUGCUGUUCAUCAGUUGAAUAAAAACAACUUCGGGGUUAGGAUUGUUUUGGGUGGAACAACUAUUCACAAUUCAGGCAGUUUCUUUGAAGAGGUUCAGCAAGCAAUGCAAGGUGUCACAAGACGUCACAUGCGCACAAGGAAUUCAUGAAUUAUUCAUUGCCACCUCACCACAAUGUAUGUAUAUAAACAUGACUUCAGUUUUGAAAAAUGAUGAGUUUUUUGGUAAAUAUAAAUAUAUCUGCAUUCCUGUUAAUUAUACACAUUGUCAAUGGAGAAAACCCCUGCUUGACAAAGUGAUUUGACCUUUUGAGGUAUACAACAAAUGACAUUCUACAAAGUCCAAAUUAUCUUCCUUGAAUUUCGAAACUGUUACGUUGAGCCUGACAUUUCAUUGGAACAUGAUUUUCUAAAUGCUAUUUGGGUCUCACAUAUGUCCUCUGCGAUUAAUUUGAACACAUGACAAACUAGCAAAGCAAAUCUGAAUUUAUUGUAAGGUUUUCAGAAUUGUCAAACACAAUGUGACAUCAGGCCAGACUGACCUUAAGGUAUGGAAAUUUAAAUUACUUAUGCAACCUUACUGCUGAACUAAGAAGAAAUUUAAAUGCUUCAAAGUGUGUUUUAUUUAUUUAAUUUUUAUGAUACAAUCUCAAAUAAGAACUAGAGUACUAAGAAUGAAUCCAUAUGCAUAUUUAUGUAGCACCGAAUAUGAAGAACGAUUCUGUGAAGUACCCAGUAUCAAACUAAGUGAGCUGGCUCAAGUGGUAAUGCUUCUGACUUGUAUUUGACAGGUGCCCAUUCCAAAUCUCGAUAAGGGUACACUCUAUCCUAUUUCCAUUGUUUUUCCCAGUCAUUCCAGGCGAAUGCUAGUACAGUACCUUGAAACAGACUGUGCUGCUUCCUCUUCAGUCCUUUCAAGUUCACUGCUGUAUCUAGGUGAGAAAUAACCUUAGUUAUAUGUUUAGUAUCUGCAUGGAACACAGAAUGUAAACAAAAUUUCAGUGUUUGAAGUGUAAUUAAGCCCUAUUGCAGAUUCUCUUACACACAUUUGAAUUUGUAAGGGUUCAUAACUCUUCACUGCGGAAAUGGGUAGUGCCACCACAAAUAAUGUAAUCAUCUCUACUGUUUUAUUUCAUGAAGAUUUUUAAACCAAAUGUGCAGUCGUCUCAAAGAACCUUAAAUGGGAACUGUGAGGUAUAGAAUUUGACCAUGAGAAUAGCAAAGUGAAGUGUCAUAUUUUGUUUCAUUUUGGAAUAACAAAUAACACCUUGGAGACAGCAGUAAAAUUAUUGUACUGUGUUGUUUCAUAUAGCAUCACAGGUUCUUCUUAAAUCAUAGAUGACCAAGCAUAUACCUUUUUUUAAAUAAGAAUGUGAGUCUUGAAGUUCAUAAAUAUACAGUGUCCACAUGAACUCUCCCCCAUUAACAGAUUACUUUGGGAGGGAUCUGUGACUGAUGGAGGCGCAUGGUUUGCAGCAGUCUAUAGAGUAACUGAAAAAGUUUUACUUAGUACACUUCCAAAUGAGCUUCAUUAGUAGCUCUCAGGAUAUCUAAGCUAUACUUGAUUUCAGCCUGUCUUGUUCAGCAUGUCAGAUAUGAUGGUUUGGAUGACAUCCGUAAUUUCUCUGCGGAGUUCAGCAACAACGCAUGUCGGGGUGGCAUAAACCCUGUCUUUCACAUAACCCUACAAGAAAAAUCAAGAGGGGUUAUGUCUAGAGAACAGGGUGGCCACCUGGAUUGUCCAUCUCUUCCUAUCCAUCGCUGUGGGAAGGUUCUUAUUAAAAUUUAUAGUUUUCAUUUCAAAAUUUCUUGAUCUGGUGAAAAUUUAAUCAAAUGCAAGAGGAUUUUUCUUUUGUGCCCUUAUGUAAGGAAAGACUUUUGAAACAUCUCAAAACUUGUACCAUAAAGUUACACACAGAAUCCAUCAAGUGAUUAAGGCCUUAAAUGUACACACAUGUACAUAACAUCUCCAUAUGGCAUUUGUUUUAUACUGUGCAUUUAUAGUUAGAAAGUGUAUGAAUUUCACAUUUUAGAGGAUUUUCACUUUAUGAGGCAAGGUUUUAAUGUAAUGGCAUAUUACACCACUGACCCUUUAUUUUAGGAAAGCACAUGAAAGUCAACAUUUAGACAAUUUCAUUUUACCAAAUAAGUGCUUAAUGUUAUAAUGGAGUAUCACUUUAUUGUGCAUUUUAUGGUUAUGAAAUGUAGUCAUUUUCUGAGGAAGAACAUGUACUGCAAGUAUAUGAAAACAAAGUAUUCAGGAAAAUAUUUGGACAGAGGUGAGGAUGUGGAAAUAAACAACUUUGUGAAUUA